GCGUAUAUAUAUAGUUUAACCAGUAAAAAUGGCUUGCUUAAAGUCCGUGUUACGUCUUUCACUAAUUAACCAGCUCCGCCCCAAAGCAAUGUUAACAACCCCGUUCCGUUUAAAAUACACACAACACCAAGGUGUAAAAGGAAUUCGAAGCCGUAAAAGUAGUUAUGAAAUACAAACUGUUCAACCAGAUUCACAAGUCGAUGAGUUUCAACCAGCUUCCGAUGACACCGACAUGCGGUUCCUUGACGAUCGCGCAUAUGAUGAAGUUGCUGGCGGCGCUAUGCGCAUCAGUCGAGGCACAGUCACUGCUCAACACGUGCUUGUUUUGCAGCCGUACAUUAAGUGGUCAGCCAAGCGCACAACUCACUCCGAAGUCCAGCCGAAUGAUCAAUUGGCCGAAGCCAUUGCGCUUGUGAAUUCACUGCCGAACUGGCAGGUUGCACACGCACUUAAGGUGCCCCUAGAAUCGUUGGAGCGUAAAACUCUAUUUGGUACUGGCAAACUCAUCGAGCUUAAGCAGGUAGUUGCAGAUUUGCGGCAGCAGCAGCAACUUAGCUGCCUGUUUAUUAGCAAGGGAACGCUGUCUUUUGCGCAGAAGAGGUUCCUGGAGAGCGAGUUCCAGCUGCCUGUCAUGGACAGAUACUCCGUGGUGAUACAGAUCCUACGGUUACACGCAACCAGUGCCGAGUCACGCCUUCAGGUGGCGAUGGCGGAGAUUCCCUACAUUUGGGCACAGGCCAAGGAUGCCAACGUGACAAAUACGCGUCGUCAGGGCUAUGUCUUGACGGAUUUGCAGAAGGAAAUUCUGCGUACGCGCGAACGUAAACUAAGGGCUGAGCUGGAACGGGUGCGGAAGCAACGUGCAUUACUGCGACAGAGGCGUAAGCAGCAAAACUAUCCCAUUGUAGCCGUGGUAGGCUACACAAACGCGGGAAAAACGUCGCUUAUUAAGGCGUUGACUGUGGAGGAGUCAUUGCUGCCGCGAAAUCAAUUAUUUGCCACCUUGGAUGUAACAGCACACGCUGGCCAGUUGCCAUGUAAUUUGGAGGUUAUUUAUAUGGAUACAGUAGGGUUUAUGUCUGAUCUGCCUACGGGACUGUUUGAAUGCUUUGUCGCUACGCUUGAGGAUGCAAUGCUGGCGGAUAUAAUUAUACAUGUGCAGGAUGCCUCCCAUCCCUGUCAUGCCGCUCAGCGGGAGCAUGUAGAGACUACAUUAAAAAAUCUGGCCUUUAGCAUAUCCAGUGAAUCCGCAAGCCUACCACCUAUCAUCAAUGUUUAUAACAAAAGCGAUUUACUGCAUGGAGGUGAAGAGAAAGCUUUAGCUGAUGGCAAUCAUUGGAUUUCAGCUCGUACUCAAACUGGUCUCGAACCUUUACUUACUGACAUAGAAGACAACAUUUUAGCAGCUACAGAUCGCCGCAAGCUACAAAUGCGGGUGAAGAGCGGCGGUUCCGAAAUGGCCUGGCUUUACAAGCAUGCGGCGGUCGUUGAUGUGUCAGCAGAUUCCACGAAUCCAGAAUUACUCCUUAUGCAUGUUGUGAUAACACAGCGAGCUUUGGAGCAGUUUAAACGUCAGUUUUGUCAAUAACCUACAGUUAAAAAAGUUUAAAUAUUUGCAAAGGCGCAACUGGCACCAUCUAAAUAAUUUAUUCUUACUGUUCUAUUCUACUUUUGCAUAUGUAUAUGUAUGUACAAAAUAUAGUUGGUAAUGGUGUUAUAUA